ACCAUGACCUUUCUUUAUAAAUUCUCCCCAAAAACUGUCAAUGACAAUAGUGAAUAAACUGAUAUUGAAAGAUAUUUGUUAGUUUGUCUAGAAUUUCUGUAUAAACCAAACUCUCCAAGAACUUUGCCAUGCAAAAAAUGUCAUACCUGAGCAAACUAGAAAAAGGAAAAACAGCUUGAAAAGUAAUUCAAUUAGAAAUAUAUGUACAUAAAAUUUAUUAAGAAAGAUCUUCAUCUUUCAAAACUAUUCUGGAACAAACAUCCUCACAUGCCACUUUAUCAGAAGGAUAUUAUGAAAAAUAUAAAUCAUAGUAUUACUGACUUAGAUAUUAUGUUCUCUACACACAUUUAGUAUGGACAUUUACAAAGAAAAGUAACUCCUUAUUAUAUAUAAACAGAGUUACAGCUCUUUGACAUCCCACUUUACCACAUCAAGAUUUAUUUAUCCAAUAAGUUCCAAUGUUGAUACAAUGUAAUUUUAAAUUUUUUAGCUCCAGAUAAAAAUAAACAAGAGGGUCAUUUAGGCCACAAGGAUGGGGCCAAUUUUAACCCCAGGACUUUAAUUUAGACACCCAUUAGAAGAUGUUUCAUGCUAAAUAUCUAAGCUCUAGCUCUUUGGGUUUUUUAAAAGAAGAUUUUUAAAGUCUUUAUGAACAGACGAAAAAUCAAGGAUAAUGUGAAAAGCAAUGCCAUACUUUAGUCAUACAGAUUUGUAAAGAAUUCAACGUAGAAGUAUUACAAUAUUAUCUCAUUUUUCUUUUAAAUUAUUAAUAUUAAUACACUUUAAUCAUUGGUAAUUAUGCAAAACAUGAGAUCAGUAAUAGCAUUUUAAUUUAAGAACACCUGUCUUUAAUGAUCUCACAAUGUUAUAUUGCAUAGGAUAUACUUAUACACACACAUGUUAAACAUGGUUUAAUAUCUACGUCAAAUUAUUUCAAAAAUUUUAGUCAAUACAUUAUACACGGAUCAAUAUUUAAAUCACAAAGUACUCCAAUAUUAAAAUAGGAAAAUAAAGCUAUACCAUACAUACUAAUAAUACCUAUAUAAAACUAGAAGAACUAUCGCUGAAUGCGAUUCAUACCCCCACCAAUGUCCUUGACAGAAGACGACUUGGAAAGGUGGUUAAGGCAAUUACAAAUAUAUAUACAUAAAAAGAAAUUAUCUCUGGUGAAAAAAAAGACAAAUUAUAAGGUAAUAGUAUAAAAAUAUAUUGUCAAAUCAUGUUCGAAACAGUUACAAAUAACCUUAAAUUUUCCCAAUGUACUAAAACAAAAAAAAGCAGUGAAGUUAAGAAAAUAGCAUAAUUAUGUCAAAAUGUAAUUAAGAGUGGAAAAACUUUGCAUACUUAGCUUACUUGUGACCCUUCAUAUAUUAUAUAGUUUCAAGUGAAUUUCUGUUCUAGUUUCAAAAACAUUUAAGUAUUAAUGGUUAUAUCAGAACAUCUUCUAAGCCUAAAAGGGGCAUAACUUGUGUCAUAAUUCAGUGGAAUUGUAGAAGUUUCCUCAUCUGAGCUUACUUGUAACCAUUCAUGUAAAUUUUAAGUUUCAAGUAAAUAUCUGUUCUAGUUUAAGAAAUAUGACAUCAAAAUGGACUUAACUUUGUCAAAAUACUAUAUAAAGUUAUCCCCCAACUUUUUUUUAGUUAUGAAACUUGACCUGCAUAUCUUACUUGCGACACUUCGUAUAUAUAUAUAUAUAUGAAGUUUCAAAUGAUUAUCUGUUCUUGUUUUAGAAAUAUUCAAGUACAUGUUAAUUUUUCAGAACAUUUUAUAAGUCAAUUUUUUACCUUCAAGUGUGGCCUUGACCUUAAGCUGGCACAAGGGUCAGAAAGGUUCUGCACAUUGCCCAGUUGGGAUAAACAUUUGAGUCAAGUUUGAAGAAAAUCCUUCCAUUAGUACAGAAUUUAUAGAGCGGACACGACAUAUUGUCUAGUAUUGAUUGUAUGUAAAUUUAAUGACUAAAAAGGGGGCAUAACUUUGUCAAAAUGCAAUACAAAGUUAUGAAACUUGACCUGCAUAUCUUACUUAUGACAACUCAUAUAUCUUUCAAGUUUCAAGCAAAUACCUGAAAUUUUCAGAAAUAUUCAAGUACAUUUUAAAAUUUAAGAACAUAUUUUACCUUUAAGUGUGACCUUGACCUUAAGCCGACACAAAGGUAACAUGGGUUCUGCACAUAACCUUCUUGAGGUGAACAUUUGUGUAAAGUUUGAAGAAAAUUCUUCCAUUAGUAUAGGAUUUAUAGAGCUGACACGACUUAUUGUCUAAUAUUUGAUUGUAUGUAAAUUUGAAGACUUAAAAAGGGGCAUAACUUUGUUAUGAAACUUGACCUGCAUAUCUUAAUUGUGACAAUUCAUAUAUAUUUUAAGUUUCAAGCAAAUACCUGUGCUAGUUUCAGAAAUAUUCAAAUACAUGUUAAAAAUAUUUUCUUAGUCAAUUUUUGACCUUCAAGUGUGACCUUGACCUUAAGCCGGCAAAAGGGUGACAUGGGUUCUGCACAUAACCUUGUUGAGGUGAACAUUUGACCCAAGAUUGAAGAAAAUCUUUCAAUUAGUGUAGGACUUACAGAGCGGACACAACAUACUGUCUAAUAUUUGAUUGUUUGAAAUCUGACCUUUAAUUGUGACAAAGCGAAUCCAUUACUACCCCCCCCCCCCCCACACACACACACAUAUUGUGGUGGGGGUAUAAUGAAAAGCGAUGUAAAACAUACAGAUUUUAGCUUGUUUAGCUUAUCAUAGAAUCAAUACUCUAUGUUAAACUUAUUUUUCUUAACAAGCAAAAAAAAAUAACUUGGCGAAAAUGGCGGACGGAGGUAUUGGAUCAGAUAAAUUUGUCAACUUUAAAUGUUGUUUAUGUGAAAAGAAAAAUAUAACAAAACAGGCAGAUAUUUAUUGUGUGAAAUGACAGGAUUAUUAUUGUUUACCAUGUACAGACUGGCACAGUUUUUUUUCCUGCGAAGGACCUGCAUCGGUUUAUAGACAAACCAAGUUUCAACACUGCUAAAUCGGUGCCAAAUUGUCCAGUUGAAAAGUGUGAAGCUCAUAAAACCAAGUUGCUAGAUAUGUUUUGUGCAGAUCACAAUGAUAUAGCAUGUGCGAUUUGCAUAGAUAUAAAGCACAGGUAAAUCUUACUUGGAAUCUUUGAUUAAAAUUUUGAAUCAAAUUGAAACUAAACUGUAUGCUGUCACAUUAUUCAAUCAAUGUAAAAAUGAAUAUCUCUCUUAGCUAUUACCAUAUAACAAGCAUAUCACACAAGCUCACUUUUAAUUUUGUUGAUAUUUUUGCUCUAAAAUUAUUUCUCAUUUGCUUCAAUUGAUAUAAAAUCAACGUUAAUCGAUGCAAUGAUAUGACACUGUGUAUAUACAUGAAAAAUAGAAAAGAUAGAAAACAAAUUUUAAGAAUAAGCAUGUAUUUUAAAUGCCAUGUAAACUAAGAAAUAAAAGAGAAAACUUUGGAAUUAUUGUCUUACAUUUUUUUCUCAAAUCUGGAGACAAUUGGUUAGUCAUAAUACAUGUAUUUUACACUGUAAUCUUAACUUUUUUAAUGCUCAGAAUUGAAGUUAUUUUCAAAUUAAAAUUUUCAGAACAUGUAUAUAUGUAAAUUUAGUCUUAAAUGAAGUUGGUAGCUGGUAUAAGACGACAAAUCUAGGGUUAAACAAAUACAGAGCUCCUUCAUAUAAAAACUAAAAUUGGGGACAAAGAGAGAGCAAAGACACUUAUUGUAAAAGAGCUUAAAGCACAGAUGGACAAGUCUGUAGUGUCAAUAAGACACUUCAGAAAAGAAUUGGAAGUAAUACUGGACACAUUUGAAAACGCUUCAUUAAAAAGUUUAAAAGAAAAGUACAAACAUGCUAAAGAGAAGAUAGAGAAUGAUAUCAAGAAGCUACAGAAACAUAUUGAUGAACUUAAACUUUCAUCACAAAAACUUAAAAAAUCAGUAUGGAAUAAAGUACAAGGGUUUGUCACUGUAAAAACUUCUCAGAAAUAAAUUGUUGAUUCUUAUGAAACAGAAAUGUUAUUGACAAAUGCAGCAGAUGUUAAAGUUGAAUUCAUUGAUGAUUCAACAAUAAAGGAUGCCUUAAAAGACUGUGAGACAUUUGGAUUGAUUUCAGUGACUGUAACAGGCAAACUGUAUGUUGUGAAAAGCAAGAGACAAGUCAACAUCAAACAUGUAAAUGAUAGAACAUCAUGUCAUGUUCAGGGUACAUGCUUCACUGAUGAUGGUCUAUUAUUUCUAGCUGACUAUAACAACAAACCAUUAAAGCUUAUUGAUUUGUCCUCAGAAUCCAUAAAAGACCACUUAGAUUUGACAUGCCUCCACAUACAAUUUGCAAAAUAAUCAAGAACGACUUUGCAGUAAGUCUAAACAACCAAACCAUUCAAUUUGUUUCAAUGGGUGAUAAACUUAUUACUUCCAAACAACUGAAGCUAGAUCAUCACUGUUACGGACUGGUCUACAAAGACAAAAAAUUAUUCAUCUUUAAUAAUAAUACAGCACUCUACAUUCAUGAUAUGAAUGGCACAUUGUUGCAAACAAUUACAACUGAUAAACAAGGUAAUGCAAUCUUCAGUAACAGCAGACAUAUCAGUGUCAGCAGUGAUGGCAAGAUGAUUUAUGUGGCUGAUCCUUGUAAAGGUCUGAUUGUCCUUGACCUUGAGGGAAAUUACCAGACAACAAUUACUGAUCCGGAUUUUGUUUAUCUAUGUGGAGUUUGCACGGACAAACGUUGAAACAUAUGUGUGUGUGGAUCGGGGCAGUCAAAACUUGUCCAGAUCAAUGAGAAGACUGAUGUUAAAUUGGGAGCCCUUGGAAAUGUUUCUAAAAGUUUUCCCACAAGCUUUGAUUUGAAACAUAAUAGACUGGUGGUUACAAAUUUGUCUAGUAAUAUGAUAGAGGUGUAUGAUAUAUUCUUAGUCUACCAUACUGAAAUAAAACUAGUGACAUCAAACUGAAGUUAAGAUGUGCACUAUCAUAGCUUAUGUAAAUCACAAUGAUGAACAGCAUUAUUAUCAAUUUUUCAUUCUUACUUUUAAUUGGGGUCCAUUUGAAAAAAAAUGUUUUUUUUUUCAAACAUUCUUUUUGGUUGAGUUUUAAGGACAUUUUAUGCUUCAGAAACAAACCAAAUUUUAUUUCCUAUGAAAAGGCAACAAUGGGAUUUACAAUAGAGCUGAUUAUUAAAGUUUUAACCUAAAAGAUAUAUGGAAAACCCACGAUUCCCAGAAAAUGGCUAACUUUGACCCCAUAAUUUAAAUGACAAAACUUUGAUUAUGUCCAAUACACAAUGUUUCAUGCAAAAUACCAAAGCUCUAAUCUGAUAUGAUUUUAAAAGACAUAUAAGGAAAAUCAAUGAACCUACGGCUUAUAUUCGAACAAGCUUGGUAGAGGUCCACUUGAUGUUGACUCAUGACAAAUAUCUAAGCUGGAACGGCUUCGGGGAGAAGAUAUUUAAAGAAUUUACUAUAAACAUAUACGGAAAACCCAUGACCCUUUAGGCGAGGCUAGUUUUAAUCCAUGGUCUCCAAACAAAAUUGGUAAAGUUUCCACCUUAUACCAAAUAUCAUAGCUUUACCCAGAGGAGAUGAUUUAUAAAGAUUUUUUUUCGGUUGCCAUGACCAGCAGUUUUUACAUGAAAUGAAUAUUUCUGAACAACUUUUAAAGAUCACCCGAAGAUCAUUUCUAGAAAUGUUGUUCACAAAGAAGAGGACGGAUGCCGGAUGAUGGAAGUUUAGUGAUGACCUCACUUUGAAGAAUAUGUGCUCUGGUAAAGCUAAACAGUUACCGCUCAAAGUAAAUUCAAAGACAUGUGGGAUUAGUGACACAAUCAAGUCAUUAUAACUCUGAAAUGAAACAAGCCUGUUGAACGAAUCCUGAAUUUUUUAAAGUUAAAUGAAUUCUAAAACGGACUUUUAACUUAUUGUGUUGUAAAAUAAAAAGACAUAAUAUUAUUUAUCACACACCUGUGCCGAUUUUGCGACUCCGUAAAUAUGGUAUUGCACGGCCAUGCAUAUCCUCUAUAUAAUCAAAUAAAACAACAGGUGCAUCUUUAUAUUUUGCAUCCCAUUUUGAGUUGUUAGAUCUUGUAUUAAAAUGGAAGACAUAAAGCAGUCCCUCAUUCAAGCUAUGUUUGUAAACACCAAGAAUAAAGCUCAAUAUAAUCAAUUUGAAUGACCAAUGUUGCUUGAAAUAGAAAAUGUAGGGCAAAAGAUAAAUCAGAGCUUCUACCGGCUUUGGAAACCUGUUGUAAAUAUAACAUGGGUAAGUGCACUUCAGAAAAGUUCAAUUAUGAGUGUAUGGACAGGAUAGUAAUAAUUAUUGUCCAUGGUUUUUGCAGUGAGGCGUUGGUAGUGCAUAUAGCUUUUACCUGCCACCCCUGUGUACUUUUAAAUUUGAGAUUGUACAUUCUUAAUCAUAUUUAAAUCUAAAGUAUAAUGUGUAUAAAAAUAUUUACAAGAUCAACAAACAAAAUUUGAUAGGCUAUGUUUUAUGUGUGUACCUAACUACCUUAAAUGAUGAUUCGUACUGUCCUGAUUGUUUUUGUAAAUAUUGAAAAUUGCAUGAAUUGAGUUUUCCAUUAUUGUGCUUAUUUUAAUUACACUUAAAUUAUUACAUAAACGUUGAAAUAAGUCAUUGCACUGUUAUAUAGUACCUUUCUUUAGUGACCUAAAUAUUUUCAUAUUAUAUUUAUUAUAUAUUUACCGUCAUGUUUUAAAUAAACUCAAAAAUUGUACACUGAUAAUACAGUGGUUUAAUCAAAAUCUAGUACGAUUCAAACUACUCUAUCGAUAUUACCAUAUUUGCUGUUUUACAUAUUGAAGUUAAACUUAUUAUACUGAUUAUCAAUAAUCUCUGAUAUGUUUGUUUGUAGUAACUAGGAAGUAAAAAAGUAACUGUAUAAAAUGGAGGACGGAGGUUUUGGAUCAGAUGAAUUUGUCAACUUUAAAUGUUGUUUAUGUCAAAAGAAACAUAUAACAAAAGAGGCGGAUAUUUAUUGUGUGGAAUGUCAGGAUUAUUAUUGUACACCAUGUACAGAUGUGCACAAAAUGUUUCCUGCAAUGUGCACACAUCAGUUUAUAGACAAGACAAGUUUCAACACAGUAAGCUUACAGAAAUCAUUGCCAAGUUUUCCAGUUGAAAAAUGUGGAGCUCAUAAAACGAAGUUGCUAGAUAUGUAUUGUGCAGACCACGAUGAUGUAGCUUGUGCGACCUGCAUAGCCGUAAAACACAGAACAUGUCAACAUAUACAUUCGGUACCAGAUGAAGUUGAUGACUUGUGUAAGGAGAUUGUUGCUGAUGAAACAAAUAUUGAGCUGAUUCGUAUAAAAACUAAACUUGAGGGCGCUAAGAGGGCAAAGAAACUUCUUGUAAAGGAGCUCGAUGCACAGAAGGACAAGGCUGUAGAGUCAAUAAGACAAGUCAGAAAAGAAAUGGAAGGAAUACUGGACACACUUGAAAAGGCGACAUUAAAAACGUUAGAGGAAAAGUACAAAAAUGCCAAAGAGAAAUUAGAGAACGAGAUUAAAAACCUACAUAGACAUAUUGAUGAACUCAAAUUAUCAUCACAAAAGCUAACAAAGUCUGUUGGGAAUAAAGCACAGGAGUUUGUCACUGUGAAAACUUCUCAGAAACAAAUCAAGGAAGCUAAUGAAGCAGAAACAGAGUCCGUGACAAAUUCAUCAGAUGUUAAAGUUGAAUUCAUUGCUGAUUCAACAAUAAAGGAUGCUUUGAAAGACUUCGAGACAUUUGGAUUAAUUUUAGUGAGUAAUACUGUAAAAAUAAGAGACAAAAUGAAUGUUGUGAAAAGCAAGAAACACGUCAACAUCUCCCAUGUAAAUGAUAAGGUGACAUGUUAUGUUAAUGGUUCAUGCUUCACAGAUGAUGGACUAUUAUUUAUAGCUGACUUGAACAACAACACAUUAAAGCUUAUUGAUUUGUCCACAAAAUCCAUUAAAGAUCGUCUAGAUCUUGAUGCACCUCCAUUAAGUAUUUGUCAAAUAAACAAAAACAACUUUGCAGUAAAUUUGAACAAUAACACCAUCCAAUUUGUUUCAAUGGGAGACAAACUUAUUACCACCAAACAACUGAAGCUUGGUCAUUACUGUUACGGACUGGCCUACAAAGACAACAAAUUAUUCAUCUCUGAUCAAAAUGCUGCACUUUACAUUCAUGAUAUGAAUGGCACAUUGUUGCAAACAAUUACAACUAAUAAACAAGGCGAUGCAAUCUUCAGUAGCAACAGACAUAUCAGUGUUAGCAGUAAUGGCAAGAUGAUUUAUGUGGCUGAUCUUUGGAAAGGUCUGAUUGUCCUUGACCAUGAGGGAAACUACAAGACAACAAUCACUGAUCCUGAUUUAGUUUCCUUACAGGGUGUUUGUACGGACAAACAUGGAAACAUAUUUGUGUGUGGAUCGGGGCAGUCAAAAAUUGUUCAGAUCAAUGAGAAUUCUGGGGGGAAAAUGGGAGUUCUAGGGGAUGUUGGUAAUAGUAGGUCUGCUAGCUUUAAUUUGCAACAUAAUAGACUGGUUGUAACCAUUGAUAACAGUGAUACAAUUGAGGUUUUUGAUUUACUGUAAAUCCAAUAUACUGACAGCAAUCAAACUAAAUAUGAGUGAACUAUUUACAUUUAAUACAAACACAAACGUCUUAUAACAAAGAAAAACUUCAAAUACUUUUGAUGAAGACAUUUUAUGGAUUUUUAUUUUCUUUAAAUUCAAGUCUCAUUGAGAUUUUUUUUUCAAACAUUAAAUCAUUUUAGAAUAUGCUAUACACUGAUUACUGUGUAAUAAUGCAGUUUAGUUAUGCUAAAAUGAAGGGGAUAUGCUUGUAUUAUAUUUCACUGCUUAUAUUCUGUGUUAUUCUUAUUUUUUUAUUUAAAUGAAUAAGAGUCAGGUCAUUUUUAAACAAGAACAUGUUUGGUAAACACAAAUGCCCCUGGCCCAGAUUCUUGCCAGUAAUUUUUUUUCAAAAAAGGUUUACCCAUUCACACAGUUAAGGACAGAAAAAUUGCCAUAACAAGAACUGUCAUUGGUAACAGACAAAUGCUGUCCACUCCCCCUAAGCUGGGCCAAGUAGAGACCCUUGACUUGCAUCAAACGUAUGGUUACAAUUAAAAGUGUUUCAAUAAUAUAGAAACAUUAAAAAUAUCAUCUCAUAUUCUCAGUUAGCCCAUGUAUCAAAAGAAAUAUCUGUGUGUGAAUGACCGAAAUAUGACAAGACACAAUGAUCAAUGUAGAAUUUUAAUAAUAACAAUGAUAAUAAUAAUUAUAAAGGCUUUAUUUAACGGGGCUACAUAUUAGCCAAAACAAUCUUCCAUAUGUAACUCAACAUUUCUACAACAUAUUUACAUCAAAAUUGUACAAAAGACAAUGUAAAAUUAUAAAACAUAGUAUUAACUAGUUAUAAAUGCAAUGACGAACAUUAACAAUGAAAACUUCAGUAAACAUUAUUAUAUUAACAUAAUACUAUGGUACUGGUUUAACCAGAGUUCUUCCACUAUAUGUAAUCUUUUUUUGAAUUUUUCAGUAUUUUCAGACUGGCGUACAUAGAGUGGUAUAUUAUUCCAAAUUUUAGUUCCAGAAUAAGAAAGUGAUUUUCUGUAAAACUCAAGAUUAGGUUUAGGGACAUGUAGAUUAAGAUUGUUUGUUGAUCUGAGAUUUCUGUAAUGUAAAGUUGAGACAAAUUGAAAUUUCCCUAUCAUGUAGCAUGGUGAGUUUUCUUCAUGUAAUGAUUUGUAUAUCAGGAUAGCCUUUUUGUACUCAACCAUGUCAUUAAAUUUCAUCCAUCUUUAUUCUUUGAAAAGAGGGUCAGAUGGUGCAUCUGUAGCUUAAUUUAGGAUAAUGCGAGCUGCUCAUUUCUGAAAUUUUAGCAUUCUCUCAAAAGUUCAUUUGAGCAAUUUCCCCAAAUUGAACAGUAAUAGUCUAUAUGAGGUAAUAUAAAAGCAUUGUAGAAAAGUUUCCUGGCAUGUAAAUUGAGAAAUUGUUUUAACCAUAAAAGGAGAUAGGGAUUGCUAUUGCAUUUCUUUAUUGUUUGUUCCACUUGAAGUUUCCAUGUUAGGCAAUUAUCAACUUGAACUCCAAGAAGCUUUUCAGAUUCAGUGGACUCUAUAUUAUUGUUAAGUAAUUGAAGUGAUGUAAUUGUUGAUGCAUGAAUGCAAUGUUGGGUCUUUUUUAGGCUGAUAUGUACAUAGCUUUAGUUUUGUCUGUAUUAGGUAUCAUAGCAACGUGAGUGCACCAUUCUUGAAUAGAGUGUAGGUCUUUUUGAAGUUUUAAAUUGAACAUCCUGUAGCACUUAUUGUAGCAUCAUCUGCAAAUAUAUCCAUUUCUGAGUGUUCAAGAUGUAAAGGUAAAUCAUUUAUAUAGAUCAAGAAUAAUAUGGGCCCUAAGACAGAUCCUUGAGGGACUCCAGCUGAAUCAACCAAAGACUCAGAUGUGGUACCUGAAACAGAUACUUUCUGAGAUCUUUCUAUUAAGUAUGAUUGGAUCCACUGUAAUGUAUGAUUUGAAAACAACUAAAUUUUUCAAUGAGUAGUUUAUGCUUAACUAGAUCAAAGGCUUUUGUUAAGUCAAGAAAUAUGGUUCCUACAAGAUUGUUGUUCUUGAUUUGAUCAAUCCAGUUGUCUACUUUGGAUGUUAGACCAGUUUCAUAAGAGUGAUUUGUUCUAAACCCAGACAGUUUUUGAUGAAAAAGGUUAUUGUCUUCAAGAAAUUGUUUGAGACUAUCAGAUACAUGCUUUUCAAUGAUUUUUGAUAAAACAGGUACAACAGAGAUUGGUCUGUAUUUAUUACCCUUUUUUGUAGAUUGGAAUUACUUUAGCCAUUUUAAAUGCAGUAGGAAAUUUGCCUGUAUCAAUACUUAGGUUAAUUAUUUUAACCAAAUGGCUUGAGAUAGCAUGGCAGCUUAGAUUUAAGAAACGAGCUCUUAUUUGGUCAAGGCCAGUUGCUUUGCAACAGUCUAGAGUUUUAAGCAUGUUCCUCACAAAUUUUUCAGAUAUUGAGGAUAUUCGAAACAAUUGGUCAGUUUUGAAACAAUUAGAAUUAUGAAUUCUUAGUCUAGUUUUGUAUGAUUCGGGUUAGUUAUUGACAUUAGGUGCCCUUUUAAAAAUACUUGUGAAGAAUUCAUUAAAUUGUGUUGCACUUUCACCUGGAUCAGUGAUUGGUUCUCCAUUAUCAUCGUUAAUGUGUGUUUUCACAUUGUAUAACCAUCAUCUUUUUAACAGUCAACCUGGCCUUUGAAUGUGACAAGUUUUCCUUAUGUGCAACAGAGGUAUGCCUAGUUAUUUCAAAAUUCAUUCAUGGACAACAAAAAUGAUGACUGGGUAUAUCCAUUGAUGCACUUUAUAAAAAUUUAAACCAUGACGUUGAUUUUUAAACUACAAACUUAUCACAAAUUGUUUAUAGAACCAUAUCUUUAAUCCAAGUUUAUUACAAAAUCUGUCACUGAAGGACAAAAAGACAUAGACUGGACAUGACUAUCAAGGCACUAUCAUAUCAUGACUUCUGACAUUCAAGUAUGAACUUGACCUUUGGACUGCUAAGCUAAAUUUUGUUCAUCAUAUAUCUUAACAAGAAUUUGUAACAGAGUAACCAAACUCCCCCGCCUCGGGGAAGUUUUAUAUGAAGCAUAAAAUUGUGCUAUUUCAAAAGAUUGAGGUAUGGAUCUCAUGACUUUUAGUCCAAAAUUAUGAUCAAUGCUAGAUCUGCAAAUGCAACAAUAAAUUUAUUAAAGAAAUAAAAUGAAACACGGAAUUUAAAAAUCUAUAAUGUUAAGCUUUGACCUCUAAGUAUGACCUUGACCAUGGAGGUAGAUGUGCAUGUGUUAUGCACAACAUAGUGUCUUAUCAUUGUAACUAUUUGUGCCAAGUAUUUUCAAAAUCCCUUUAACUAUGAAGAAGUUAUAGAUCGGACACAAAAUAUACCCUAUAACAGACUAUGUAAAUCAUUGACCUCUAAGUGUGACCUUGACCUUGGAGGUAGGGACACAGGUGCCACGCAUGACAUAUCAUCUUAUCAUUGUGACUAUUUAUGCCAAGUAUUUUCAAAAUCCCUUGAUCUAUGAAGAAGUUAUGACGGGACACAAAAUAUACCAUUUAACAGACUCUGUUUACCUUUGACCUCUAAGUGUGACCUUGACCUUGGAGGUAGGGGUGCAGGUGUUGUACUUGACAUAUCAUCUUACUAUUAUGACUUUUUGUGCCAAGUUAUUUCAAAAUUUCUUCAACUAUGAAGAAGUUCUAGAUCGACACAAUGUAUACCCUAUAACAGACUAUGUUAAUUUUUUACCUCUAAGUGUGACCUUGACCUUGGAGGUAGGGAUGCAGGUGUUUCGCAUCGUCUUAUUACAGUGACUAUUUGUGCCAAGUAUUUUCAAAAUCCUUUGAUAUAUGAAAAAGUUAUGAACCGGAAACAAAAUAUACCCUAUAAUUAACAGACUAUGUUAAUCUUUGACCUCCAAGUGUGACGUUGACCUUGGAGGUAGGUGACCGAUCGUUGCGCAUGACAUAUUCUCUCAUUGUUGUGAACAAUUGUGAUGAGUAUUUACAAAAUCCCUUCAAAGAUAAGAAAUUUAUAGACCGGACACAACAUAUACCCUCAAAUAGACAAUGUUGACCUUGAAUGAGCAAGUAGGGGUCUGGUUGUUGUGCAAUUCCUUUGAUAAAUGACAAAGUUAUGGACCGGACACGAAAGUGCGUUGGACAGACCGACUGAUAGAUGGACGGACAGACAGACGGACAUCCGGCCCAAUUGGAAUAAGGGGCCAUUUCUAUUGUUAUACAGAGGGCCAAUGACCCCUUACUCUAUUGUUACGGAAUGAACUCUAUUGUUCUCUUUUGUUCUGUUUACAGUUAGAUGGCCCUCUAACCCUAUUCGGUAGUGCAGUCAGACGAAAGGAGCCUUUUUAUAUAUCCCCCUUUUUUCUUCGAAAAGGCGGGGGACAAUAAGCAGCAUAUUUAUUAGGGCUGGGAACAAAUAAGGAAUUUGAUAUUCGAAUAUUCAUUUUCUAUAUUUUUACAAUAUAUUCGAAUAUUCGUUUUUACAACAUUUAUUCCAAUAUUUCUCUUUAACUUAUAUGUAUCCUAAAUUGAUUGAGUAGUAUUCUAUAUUACUUUAAUAUGCUUGGAAUAACUGACGAUUAAAAAGACCUUCAUUACUAUGUCAAAGUUUUUUAUAUUUUAUUUAUUGUUAUUAAUCAAUAUGUAUGUUUACUUUUGAAAUAAAGUCAUAAUUUGUU